GAUCUGGCUGACAGAGCUGACCACGAGACUGAGAAUGCGACCGCAGGUAGUACAAUGCCGGCUGUGACAGAGGAGUCGUCUAGACAGCUCUGGCUGCAAUGGCAGGUACCCGGCGCCUGCAUUCUUGAGGGUCUUGGGCGUUGGUUUUGGCAGAUGGACAACGACACCAUUGUUGACCAGACUGAAGAACAACCCAAUUACCAUCUUGAAGGUGGUUCCUCUCAGUCGUCAGCAGAGAUGCUGGCCGCAGCAGGAGCAUGGGUCCAAGGGCUGCCGGCUGAGAGAGUAGAGGACCUUGAGGACGAUGACCUUUUCGAGGGUGCAGAGACUUAAAUCGUCGCAGUGGUCGAACAACAAAAGUGGCACCUUCAUGGCCAUGUUCAGCAACCGCUGGAAGCGAUAUCCAUCAUCAAUGUCGAAAGGCGAGGGCGGCACAAGCAUUCACACAAUGCCGGUCAGCGAGUUUGCGUUUCCGUCGAGAUCUUCUUUCUUCCUGUCGAGAAAUUCGUUCUGCCGAGAUGCUUUGUUUUGCAUGCCCAGAGGGCCGAGAGGAGGUCGAGGCGUGUUCCAAGGAAGCAAAAGUGGAUUUCGUGUGUCUUAGCUGGUUCUGCUGUCGAGACAAAUUUCAACUUUCGUUUUGGCCGUAAAGUAAUGGCUGUCUGUUCACUGGGCACCCAGGAACGAGGUGUCCAGGCUAGCCAGAC